CUCUGAACUCAGGUCUACUUUCAUAGGACCAAUCGCUGUUUCCAAGUUCAAUAGCAAUGACCACGCCCAUCAGGGUCACGGAGACCCCCGAAAAGGAAAGUAGCAGCCAUCUAUCAUUCUCGAAUGAUGAGAAUGAGGGACGGGCCUUUGUUGCCUCGUACUCGCAGAGACCGAAAUUUGCCCCAUGGGACAAAGUCAUGCUGGUCGUACGUGGCUCCAAUGGAACAGAUGCCCUGGCUGGUCCAUACUACAUAGAGACUGUGGUUCCACCCAAUAAAUACACAUUGUGCGAUGAACAGGGGAAAUCAGUUCGGCGCGGUAUUUCCGUAGAAGAGCAUGAAGUGAGGGUAUUUGGAAAGUAGAUGAACAAUGCAGCGGUGUAGUCUACCAAG